AAGCCGCAGCCUGUAGGUUGGUGCUCGGUUCCUCACGGAGCCGUUCCGUUGCCGAUCGGUGGCUCCCGGCACCAUUUCCCGAAUCGGUCCCGAGCGCCCGGCGCGUAGAUUCCAGCGGGCGGAGGGGCCCAGUGGGAAGCAGCGGCUGCCGGGAGACGGCGUUUCUCUGCGGCCCGGCGAGGCGGAGCGGGGCCUCGGCCGUGAAAUCGAGCGCGGCGCGGCGCGGCGCGGCCCGGCCCGCGAGCCGAGUGGCGGCGAGCGGCCCUCGGCGGCGGGUGCCCGCUUUUCCGCCCGGGCGCCAUGGCCCGGGUGCCCGUUCCUUGUCACGUCAAGGGGGCGGUGGCGCUGCAGGUCGGCGAUGUGAAGACGGAGCAGGGGCGGCCGGGCGUCCUGGUCCUGGACGUCACGUUUCCCCAAGCCGGCCCGCUCGAUUUGCAGGAGAUCACGUUUAAGAAUUAUUACACGGCCUUCCUGAGUGUUCGGGUGCUGAAGCGUGGCUCCUUACCCCACUGUCGUCCUCCUAAAUGGGUCACCUGUUUGAGAAACUACAGCCUAAUGCCCAACCCCCACACAGAGGAAGGGGCCCAAGACUACAUAUCUGUGUUCAAGCAUCAGAUGCUGUGCAACGUGGAUAAGGUGUUGGAACUCCGCCUGAUCCUGCGGCAGCCGUCCCCUCUGUGGUUGACCUUUACACUGGAUGAGCUGCGCAUCUACCAGCGAGGACAGCAGAGCCCACAUGUGCCAGUUCCCACAUGGCUGUCUCAUCCAGCCGUCUUUGAGAAAACAGCCUUCCUCCCUGAGGAGGUACCAGACCCCGCCAAGGUCUCUUCCGAAGUGCAGCAGAUGUGGGUACUGACGGAGAUGAUCCGAGCCAACCACUCCGUAGCACGCAUCGGACGCUUUGAUGUGGAUGGCUGCUAUGAUCUGAACCUGCUCUCCUACACCUGAGCUACUCCGUCUGCUUUGCACCUGGCUUCGGCUCGGAGGUGAAGCCACUCUCCUCUCCUUUUCCUUCCCUGCUGAGGACUUGAACUGUUUCACUUCUGGAUUCAGGCGGGUCGAUAAUCAGAACCUCAGUCGGACACCUCAACUGUCAGACCAAAAAUCGACGGGGCCAAUGUAGUGUCUUGAGGGGACUCUGUGAUAAGUGUCCAGCGGUAAUAAAACAUUGCCCCAAAACAUUCA